UGAGGCACUGACGCAGGCUGUCCAGAGAAGCUGUUGCUGCCCCAUCCCUGGAGCCAUUCAAGGCCAGGCUGGAUGGGGCCCUGGGCAGCCUCAUCUGGUGGGUGGCAGCCCUGUCCAUGGCAGAGGGCUUGGAACUGGUUGGUCUUUAAGGCCUCUCCAACCUAAGCCAUUCUAUGAUUUAAAAAAGCAAUGUUAUGUCACAAAGUAUAUAAAGAUGAUGCAUUAUGUUUCAAUAAUUUUCUGACACGGCUUCAUAACUCUGCAAGCCAGCUGAUGCACAGAUCUCUUGGUCCUGCCGUAUGGGACUAUUCAUAAUGUGUAGAAGUGUAGAAACUGUAGGCUGUGUAUUACAUGGGAUUUCUACAUGAUGGGGUAUGUAUCAGUGCCAUAUGACUAUUUCUUCUACUCUGGGUUAUAUUGUAAUGACCUCACCAUGUCAGCUUGCAGAGGACAUGUAAUUUUCUUUCUUUGGUUUUGAGUUUAGGGUUUUUGUUUGGUUGGUUGGAAUCAGGAUAAUUAUAUUAAUGAUAAGGGUUACAUUACAAUAGGAGACAUGCUAUGCUGUCUCUAAAAUACUGUUAUAACACAGGGUAUGUUUAAUGUUCCGUACAAGUGUGCACUGUUGUGAACAUUACUCAAACUCCUUUUCUCCCCUCUGGGCAGGCUCCCCACCCAGAGCCAGUGGGGCCCUUGAGCUGAAAUCCCAAUGACACAGAUGAGGGGGGAGGUCAUCUGGACAGCAAGGGCCUGGACAUCUCCCUGGAGCUCUGGUGGCCUUGGUAGAUGGUGGAUGCUACAGGCCUCUCAUGCUUUCACUAACACAACUCUGCACAAAAUUAACAGAGGUGGCAGCAGGAUGGCUGAGGGUGCUGAAAACUGGCAGGAUUUGCUUGUUUGUGGCAGCUGUUGUUGUUGCUAGGUUCUCAGAUUUGAGCAAGAAAGACAAGUGGGCCUAUCGUGGUGCUUUUGCCAAAAGAUUGCCAAGAGACCCAAAAUACUCAGUUUCUUUUAUAAGAGGUUUUGCAAAGCCAACAACAAAACUGCUCAGAAAAAAAGAAAUCAGCGAGGAAUUGAGAAAGGUUUGUGAUGGGAAUGCAUAACUGAAAUGCUAAUGGCCCUGUCUGGGAGGAAGGGGGAUCGCUGUCUGAAGUAAGAGAGGAGCGGUGCCAGCGGUGCAGAAGUUGAAAAGCGCUCUGUGCAGUGCCAGCCUGGGUGAUGGCACGGAGGGGAGCGGUUGUGUUCAGGCUUGUUUUCUGCUGCUCAGGCUCACUUGGGUACUAAUGAAGCACUGGGCUUACAAGAGCUGUCACUUCCCACCCUAGUUAAACCACGGUGUCUUGUUCUCCUGCCCAUUUCCCAUAAAGCUUUACUCAGAAAGAUGAAUGUGGGUAUGAGCGUGAACAUCUGAACCAGGCACUUUGUGAACUGGAACGCAGUAAUGAGGAGCUGGAGCCCCUCUGCUGGCAGAGCCCCGGCCCCGCUCUGCCCGAGCACAGUGGUUUAUUGGUGCAAAGUUGUUUUGUCUGCAGGAUUAGUUGCAGAAAACACACAGUUCAAAGGCUGUUAGGAACAUGUGAGAUGCCAGAGGUUAAAGCCAGAACCUUUUUUUCAAGCGGUAAUGUUAGACAAGAAAAUGAUUUUAAAUGAUAUUGCUGUACCAACCAAAUCAGUAAUAUAAAGUCAUACUAGCAGAGAGUCUUUGCUACUUUGGCUUCUUUUUUUCCCUUCCCCAAGGACUGCCAGAGCUGACCCAGCUCCACCCCAGCCUGGCAUGGCCUCCAGUAGUGCUGGCUUCUUGCAACCCAGCAGGAGCUGACAACUGGGAAGUUGUAUAAUAACUCAGGUAAUUACGGCUCUCACCAUCAGAGAGUAUUUCACUUGACCAGAAGAGCGCAUUGUGAUUAAAGUUGAUAAAACUCGAAGGAAAUAGGGGCUGCAGCUGCCUCCAGGUGCGAGCCCACCAUCACACUCAAGGAAGGAGCAGGCAGGAGCCCAGGCAGGGCAAGCGCAGGAUGUGCUCAGGUGCUGCUGCUGCGGUACUUUUCCAGAGCUCUUUAUGAAGAGUUCGGUGGUUUCUGUCUGCUUUGGUGGAACAGGAUAUAUAUUUAUUUUUUUAAAAAAACAACAAACUUAUAAGUAAAGACAGUGUGAUGAAGCAGAAGUCUCCACCUGGGCACACCCUCUCUCUGGGAAGGGUAAAGACAUCUGUUUAGAUUUUCAGCUCUCAUUCCUCAGGUUCAAACUCCACCCAUGGCACCAACCAUCCCCAGAGCACCAGCAGGACUCCUGGCACGUGUAUAAAGGUGGAUGGGCCAGGACACCCCUGGCAGCGUGCUGCGCAUCGCCAGGUGUUUAACUUCUUGUGGCAGAGGCGUCAGGAGCCACCAUGUCGGGUAGAGGCUUCCAGGGGCUGAAGGAGCAGGCAGAAGGAGCAGCAAAAGAUGCUGCGAGUGCAUUGGGAAAGGCCACUCAGGAUGCAGUCAGCCAGAUUACAGACGCUGGCCAGAAAGCUGUGGAUAAGGCUUGUAAGACAGCGCAGGAUGGCAUAGAAAAAGCAGCUGGGCAAGCUGCAGAAGCAGUGUCUGGCUUUGGGAAAAAGUGUGGAUUUAAGAAAUGAUGUUGAUUUAAGCAAACAGUAUUGCAUGUAAAAUCCAUCUUUGCAAUUCCUGACUCCUUUGUGUAGAAAUUGAAAGCUAUCUGAGAUCUGGAUAACUACUCUCUCCCCGAAUACAAAAUCAUAAGGCAGAACGCUCUCCUCAUCCUUCCCACAGGAAAAGCACAUCUCUCAGUGCAUCUUGUAACAUCUGCUCACCAUGUUCUGUUCAAGGUGGUCCAUAAGGCUUCAGUGGUGUUACUGCCUUGCUCUUGCAGCAGUGCAGUGGUGAUUGCCACAUCUGUCGAGUGUACUUGCAAAAACAGCAGAACUGGUACUAUUCUGGAGUACAGGAAUGUCCACAUGAUGAAACUAAGUUCCUUUCCAGUAAUCAGAAGCUAAGCUGGUGUUGUAUUUUAUGUCAGUUGUUCGCUUAUUCUAUUUUGCUGUAUUUUCAGAUUAAGAUAAAUAAAAUUACUACUAA